UAAGACUGACACUUGAACAUUCGGCACCAAUAUUGGACUUAUGAUGAUUGCAAAUCGAAAUUCAAAGCUUCUGGCAAACAUCCUUCAAUUGUAACUUUAGCCUUUUAGGAAUGAUGGAAUUUGUUCAAUGAAAAGAUGGAAUAUUGUCAUGGCAAGGAUAAACUUGAGAAAGACAAAUAAUCACUGCUAUGCAUUAUUCACCAAGAUAUAUUAAUAAAUCAUUGUGUUCUGCCAACACAAUUGACUAGUUUGCAGAUCCAAGCUUACAUCUAUUUGGUUAGACUAUAAAACGCUCUUAGAGAGUCGAAACACACAAGAUAUCAACUGCAUUAUCAAAGUGUGACGUCAUAAGGUCAAGGUUACCUUCAGACCGUCCACGCAAUGCAGCUGUAAUGUAAUCAUUUUUCAUUUCAUUUGGAAGUCAUCUGUUGAAUAAAAUCAUGUUAUUAAAGUUAAUCAGCCUUUGUCCUGGUUUGUUGAAAUUUGACUCAAAACUGAAACGGGAGGGGAUCUCUUGUAACGUGAGCAAAUGAUGCCAGGGGACUGUGAACUACUACUUAAAGGGAGAAUCUAGGCAAGUCUCGGUUAGAUUGUUUUUUGGGACAUACUGAACACAGGGCCCGUUGAACGAAGUCGAUGACUGGUCAGCAGAGUCAAAACAUGCAUUUCUGGGAUAAGUCUGACUCAUCAGAAUUAGGAUGGCCAUCUCAAACGAUUCUGUCUUCAAUGAGAGCGCUACGCGGAUCUGGGAACGGUACGCGCGAUGAAACUGAGCAAGUCUAUUACAACACCAGCAACAGUCACCACUAGGGAUGCUUGGAGAUUGGAGCACAUCGAAAGUUGAUUGUCCUUGGCGUUGGUGGAUGAAGACAUUUGCACCAAACCGACGAAACACCAAGGUUAUUCUUUCCUCUCUCUCGCACUCGUUAUGUAGCCAACUGCUUUGCACUCAUUCAUUUGCCUUUCUAGGUUAUUGGUUGUUGCUUUACAUCAGUUAGCUGUUAUCCCCUGUUUUGCUUGCAGAGAUGUCUAACUUUUUUGCAGCUUUAUUCAAUUGCAUCCACCCAUUGAUUGUAUUGCACUACACGUAACACCAACUACUUUUGCAGGCAACACUUAGAUAAAGCAACUACAAUAAAUGUACUUUUUAUUUCAGACGUCAAUGUUCAUUCUUUGUUCAUUCCUUGUUUAUUUGCUAAGACUUAAAGCUUUUUUUGCAUUGUUUUGCUGAUACCAUGUUCUGCUUUAGUUGCAGCAAUAGACGCCCAUAGAACCAAUCCAAACCACAUCCCUAGUUCGCUUUAUCAAAAUUUGUUAUGCUAUGAUUUAUUGCUAUAAAUUUGAUGAGUUUGUAAAUGUAACAUGCAACAUGCUUUUACACUAAUAUCAUAAGAAAAUGAACACAGCACAUUUAGUUCUAUUAGUUUUACUUGCCGAUGAAGGCACAUCCUCUGGUAAGCGUUUAUCGCCGUUAACUAUAAACGCUGAUGCUGAGAUUGGCCUUUCCAGCAAUCUAACUAGCAGAAACUUGUAGCGAAACGCUUAUAAAAGGGGGAGUUUUGGACGGCCCGGUAAAAAUCCAAGGCGGGAAGAGGUUCUCAUUCAUAAAUCUGCACAGUUUCGAGGCCACCAGACGUUGGCACUGUACUCAUUAGCCCAUUAAUACAGGUAUAGAUCCGCUACGCUGUGGGAAGGGCCUGGCCGGUCUUAGUACUCUACUCUAUCCUUUAUCCCACUGAAUACCAUCACCAAUAGUUCGUUUUUGCUACGGCAUCUGGCUGUUUUGGCUACAUUUGCUUAGAUACACUUUGUCCGUUGGGCUUUGGCCACCAUGGUAGUCCCGGUUGGAGACCAGACUUCCUUUCUUUCAUUUCUCGCAGAUUGACGUUUUUCAUCUUUGCAGACACAGCGUAACGACUUCCCCGGGAUGACAAUCGGAGCCAGGCCGACAACGAAGAAUGUCCGAGAGUUCACAGAGGAACAGAUGAGGGCUGGCAACUCGAUCAUCGGUCUCCAGGCGGGGACCAACAAGUGCGCCUCACAGUCUGGCAUGUCCAUGGGCGGGGCUCGCCAUAUCGCCGAUAUCAAAGUUGAUGAGAUGUCAAGUGAGAGCCAUGGCAUGAUUGGUCAGCAGGCAGGCUUCGCGAAAGGAGCCAGCCAGGCUGGUAUGUCCAUGGGCGCCGUACGCAAUAUCUCCAAUGAAAAAUACGGUGAAAUGUCCAAAGAAGGUCAAAGCGUCAUAGGCUUACAGGCGGGUACCAAUCAAGGGGCAAGCCAGAGUGGAAUGGCCAUGGGUGCCACGCGUAAUAUAUCGAAUUCGAAGAUUGGCAACAUGUCUCGAGAGGGGCAGAGUGUCAUAGGUUUACAGGCGGGUACCAACCAAGGUGCGAGUCAGAGUGGCAUGUCCAUGGGGGCAACGCGUAAUAUAUCGAAUUCGAAGAUUGGCAACAUGUCUCGAGAGGGGCAGAGUGUCAUAGGCUUACAGGCGGGUACCAACCAAGGUGCGAGUCAGAGUGGGAUGUCCAUGGGGGCCACGCGUAAUAUCUCCAAUCCAAACGUCCAGAGUAUGUCCCGGGAGGGGCAGGGCGUUAUCAGUCUGCAAGCAGGCACAAACCAGUUUGCUACACAGUCGGGUAUGUCCUUUGGUGCCACUCGGAAUAAUUCCAACUCGGCCUACGAAGACAUGUCUUCAGAGGGAAAGGGGACCAUUGGUUUACAGGCCGGAAGCAACCAGGGAGCGUCUCAGUCCGGAAUGUCAUUCGGAACAGUUCGGCACAUCGGCGACACGAAGGUCGGAGAUAUGGACCCGAACUCCAAGGGGAUGAUCUAAAAUAUACACCUGUAUGACACUCAACAGCCAUGGUUUGCUCUAAAAUGCACCACGCAGUAUUCAGGCACAUGUUCUGAUGCCAAGGACGUUCUGUAUAUGAAACAAAGAAUGCGACAAGAUGACAAUUUUGAUGAUAGCAUAUAACUAUGAAACAAUUAAAAAAUGCAUACCGUGCAGCUUUUUAGAACUUUUAGCAAAGAAGAGGCUUUGGUGAAAAUGGAAUGUCCGAUUAAUAGGAACGGCAGUGGACGGCGAGACUCCUUAGAAAUGGACGCACGUUGCUCGAAGUCUUUCAACGUCCCUCUUGUCAUGCCACUGCUCUCAGUGAAGACAUUUCCGGCAAGAGUGGUUCUUAGCAGGCAAUCACUGGGCUCCCAUUAGAGAACGCAGCGCCCGUCUUUCAAAUUCUUUCUAAUGGUUGUAUUAUUAGCAUAUUGAACAGUUCGUGAAAGAAAUUUCUUUCUGAUAAAAAGAUCAGAUUCAACAACUAAUCAGCUGAGGUCAAGGCCCAUGUACCUCUGGUUUUAACUAGUAUCCUGGCAAAUCAUGCUAUUUGUUUAGGCAGGGAUCGCUUUCCUUCUUAGACGAGCCUCACUGUAUUGUAUUUAUGUAAAAUUUGCUAAAUGUAGGGCGCCCAUUUGAAUUUUGGGCCCAUUAGUUGGACACAGUGAAAUAAAUCAAUGUACCAGA